AUCCUCCCCUGCUCUACUGGGUUAGCGCGGAGUCCGCUGCUGGGGUCGUUCGCUCCAGGUCGGCAGCCGGGGAAGAAGUCAAGUCAGUCGCCCGGGUCUAGGCAAGAGGGGGUGCUUUUCUCCCGGCUCGCCCGAGCCACGGAAGAAGAAGAUUAAGAUGGCCACUCUGCUCCGGAAAAUCGGGCUCAUCCGGCUGCACAACCGGGACACGGAGGACCCCAAACAUCACCACAACCAUCUCCACAGCAGCAGCCAGCACGGCCGCGGCGGGGGAGGCGGCGGCUCCUCGCUGAGGGGCAAAGGCAACCAGAAGAACCACAGUAACAAGCAGCAGCAGCAGAAUGCUCCGGGAGGAGGGGGCGGCUGCAGCGGCGGUAGUGGCGAAGGCAGCCCCGGGCACUCCAAGAACAAGCGAGCGCUGGAGCUGGCCAACAAGGACAAGCAGCAACAGCAGCAGCAACAGCAGCAGCAACAGCAGCAGUCCAGCUCCGGGGGCCACAAGGAGAAGCAGGCGAGCUCCAGGGAGAACCAGUCCACCAAGGAAUCCAAGCAGCAGGGCGGGGGCGGCGGCCGCAGCAGCGGGGGCGGAGGCGGGAAGGGCUCCUCGCAGGUGGCCCAGACCCCGGCAGCCGGCAGCCUGGCGCCGAUGGGGCGGGGGCAGCCGGGUACCCAGGUGAGGAGCCGGCGGCUGAUGAAGGAGCUGCAGGACAUCUCCCGGCUGAGCGACCGCUUCAUCUCAGUGGAGCUGGUGGACGAGAGCCUCUACGACUGGAACGUGAAGCUGCACCAGGUGGACAAGGACUCAGUGUUGUGGCAGGACAUGAAAGAGACCAACACCGAGUUCAUCCUGCUCAACCUCACCUUCCCUGACAACUUCCCCUUCUCGCCGCCCUUCAUGCGGGUGCUCAGCCCCCGGCUGGAGAACGGCUAUGUGCUGGACGGGGGAGCCAUCUGCAUGGAGUUGCUCACCCCCCGGGGCUGGUCCAGCGCCUACACAGUCGAGGCUGUCAUGAGGCAGUUCGCUGCCAGCCUGGUGAAGGGCCAGGGUCGAAUCUGUAGAAAAGCUGGCAAAUCAAAAAAAUCCUUCAGUCGCAAGGAAGCGGAAGCAACAUUUAAGAGUUUGGUGAAGACUCACGAAAAGUAUGGUUGGGUCACCCCUCCGGUCUCUGAUGGCUGAUAUUUGAAACCCUUGCAUUAGACGCUUUAAAAAAACACAACAAAACAAAACACACAAAUACUAUGACAUCUCCUCCUCAGUGCUGUACAUCCACUCAUCCUUUUCUACGUCAGCUUCUGUUAGAUACUGUAUCAUGAAUGUCAAGGAGACAUUUAAGUUAUUUAUGAACAGAUUGUUUACAGAAAGAGAAAGAGGGAGGGAGAGAGUUGGGUAGAAAAAAUACUGUUUAGGGUUAUGUUUCAAUAAUAAAUGGUCAUCUUGAAGUCACUUUAGAGUGAAUGUUGAGAAGCUAUCAUUUCCCUUCAUUUACCUUCCCCCCAUGCAGUCCACAUUGUCUUCAUCUUCUUGCCAUGACAGCUGCACCAAAGAGCAGAGAUGGAAAAUCUGUUCAUUUCUGCUCAGUCCAUUUCAAUGUAAAUGAAGCUGUUCAUCUUUAAUAGGGAAGCAGUGCAUUGCAGAUACUUUUGCUGUGCUGUUUUAUCUUCAUUUCGUUUUCUAGCAAAUCAACGUAACUUGAAGAUUUGUCUUUACGUGACGCUAUGGUCUGCUAUGACUAAAUUUAGACCUCAUUUGUGAUCUCUCUGACCUUUUGCCUCAUAGAAAAAAAAAUUCAGACAUUGCCAGGUUCUCAUGGUACAAGAUCAUCUGCAGGAUGAGCUUGCCCACAUGGUCAAAAUGUGCUCUCUAUGCUGAUUUUGUGGUAUGCUUUAUUCACAGACAAAAUGAGAAAAGACUGGUGAGAUUUCCAAUAAAAAGUGCAACCCCUACUCCAGGAUGGGAUUCAAAGUAAUUAAUUGAUGGUAGAAUAAGAAUAAGGAUUUUUUCUUUCUUUUACUGGUGUAAUGCAGUAUUGCUAUGAUAGCACAUUUGUUUGUUUGCCUGUCAGCUUUCAACUGGCAAACCAUACACAAAAAAACUAUACCAAUUUAUGUUCACAAAAGUUAAUAUGACAUUUUAAAAUAUGUGCCAGUGGAUGUGAAAGUCAGAGCUUCAAAAAAGUAAAAUAAGUGAAUUGUAAGAUGAUUUGCAUGGCUGGAUUUUUUUUAACUGAAUAGUCAUUGUAUGUACUUUGAUCCCAAUAUGUGAGAGAACCCACUGCUGUAUAUAA